AUGUCAGCUCCUGCACCGCAGCAAAAGCAGCUGAAGCCGAACAAGCUGGUUGCCGAUGAUAUAAUAAAUGAUGACAACAGUCUUGUGUUGAUGAACCCAAAACGUAUGGAAGAACUUAAUAUUUUUCGUGGAGAUACUGUUUUACUGAAGGGUAAAAAACAUCGCUCCACUAUUUGUAUUGCCAUGGAAUCGGAUGAUUGUGCAGAAGGUGUAAUUAAAAUUAACAAGGUAUCUCGACGCAAUAUCAGAAUUCAUCUUGGUGAUACUAUUCAUGUCAGCAGUUGUAAAAAUGUACCAUACGGUAACCGUGUUCACAUUCUUCCUAUUGAUGAUACGGUACAAAAUCUCACCGGUGAUCUUUUUGAAACCUUUCUUAAGCCCUAUUUCUUGGAGGGAUAUCGUCCUGUUAAAAAGGGUGAUUAUUUUAUUUGCCGUGGUGCCAUGCGAUCUGUGGAAUUUAAGGUUGUUGAAGUAGAUCCUGGUGAGUAUUGUAUUGUCUCUCCAGACACCGUUAUUCACUGCGAGGGUGAUCCUAUUCGACGCGAAGAUGAAGAACGAUUGGAUGAUGUUGGAUAUGAUGAUAUUGGUGGUUGCCGUAAACAAUUGGUACAAAUUCGAGAAAUGGUUGAACUUCCAAUUCGUCAUCCAGAAUUAUUUAAAAAUAUUGGUAUUAAACCCCCUCGAGGUAUUCUUUUGUAUGGUCCACCAGGUAGUGGUAAAACUCUUAUUGCACGUGCUGUGGCAAAUGAAACAGGAGCCUUUUUUUUCUUAAUUAAUGGACCUGAAAUUAUGAGUAAAAUGGCAGGAGAAUCAGAAGGAAAUCUUCGUAAAGCAUUUGAAGAAGCAGAGAAAAAUGCACCAUCUAUUAUUUUUAUUGAUGAAAUUGAUUCUAUCGCACCAAAACGAGAAAAAGCACAAGGUGAGGUAGAAAAACGUAUUGUAUCUCAACUUUUAACGCUUAUGGAUGGAUUACGGUCACGGGCUCAAGUAAUUGUUAUGGCAGCUACAAAUCGACCAAACUCUAUUGAUCCUGCUCUUCGUCGUUUUGGUCGUUUUGAUCGUGAAAUUGAUAUUGGUGUACCAGAUGAAAUUGGUCGCUUGGAAAUUCUUCGCAUUCAUACUAAAAAUAUGAAGCUUGAUGCAGAUGUGGAUGUGGAGAAAAUAGCGAAAGAAAGUCAUGGAUAUGUUGGUGCAGAUCUUGCACAACUUUGUACAGAAGCUGCUAUGCAAUGUGUACGUGAAAAAAUGUCUGUGGUGGAUUGGGAUGAUGAUACCAUUGAUGCUGAAGUCUUGGAUUCUAUGGCAGUAACCAAUGAUCAUUUCCGAGAUGCUAUGACAAAAACAAAUCCAUCUGCUCUUCGUGAAACUCAUGUGGAAACACCUCAUGUUACUUGGAGUGAUGUGGGUGGACUUUUGGAUGUUAAGAGGGAAUUACAAGAACUUGUACAAUAUCCAGUGGAAUUUCCAUGGAAAUUUGAAAAGUAUGGUAUGUCACCACCAAAGGGUGUUUUAUUCUAUGGUCCACCUGGAUGUGGUAAAACACUUUUGGCUAAAGCUAUUGCAACUGAAUGUCAAGCCAAUUUUAUUUCUAUAAAAGGACCUGAAUUACUUACUAUGUGGUUUGGUGAAUCUGAAGCGAAUGUACGUGAUGUCUUUGAUAAGGCUCGUGCUGCUGCCCCAUGUGUACUUUUCUUUGAUGAAUUGGAUUCUGUUGCCAGAGCUCGUGGAGGAGGUCAUGGUGAUGGAGGUGCAAGUGAUCGUGUUAUUAACCAAAUUCUUACAGAAAUGGAUGGUAUGAACACGAAGAAAAAUGUGUUUAUCAUCGGAGCUACUAAUCGUCCAGAUGUUUUGGAUCCUGCUAUUAUGCGUCCUGGUCGUUUAGAUCAAUUGAUUUACAUUCCUCUCCCAGAUAAGGCAUCACGUGUGGCUAUUCUCAAGGCUAACUUUCGUAAAUCUCCUUUAUCAAGUGAUAUUGAUAUUGAUCAAAUUGCGGCUGCAACUCAUGGUUUUUCAGGUGCAGAUCUUGCUGGAAUUUGUCAACGAGCAUGCAAAAUGGCUAUUCGUGAAUCUAUUGUAAAGGAAAUUCAACUGGAAAAGUUAAAGAAGGAUGGUACACUUGAUGAUGAUCAGGAUAUAGAUCCUGUUCCUGAGAUUACACGUCUACAUGUGGAAGAAGCUAUGCGUGGAGCCCGUCGCUCUGUCAGUGACUCGGAUAUUCGAAAGUAUGAACUUUUUGCUACUUCCCUUCAGCAAUCACGUGCCUUUGGUGACCGACCCAUGCCGAGAGCCGAAGGUGAGAGUGGUGCUGCAGGUGACAAUGCUGAUGAUGACCUUUACAGCUAG